AUGGCAGAAACCAGCAAAAGGGCUUGCAAAACCUUCACAAAAUCACAAGCUAUGUCACUCUUUCUUCUUCUUCUCUUUAUCGUUUCCCUAUCCGCUCGCCGUAUCAACUCUCCGGCUAUAUUAGAGGUUUCUUUAGCAUCACAAGGAAGAGUCCUCCUUAAUUCUCAAACACAAAAACAAUCCACCGCCAAAUUCAACGGUGGAGCAACCACUCCUCCUCCCAAUAGCGUAGCUCCUCCUCCUCCUCCUCCUCCUGGUAGUGGUGGUGGCACUACGACGGCGAGGAGUACAAACCGAGAAUUUCAGGCAGCUGCACAUGAAGUUCCCGGAGGCCCGAAUCCUAUUGGCAAUGGAUAA